AUGACUGAGCACAUAUGUGAGAAUGGAAAAUGGAUACAAGUAGUAUAUGGGAACUUUUCAUUGCGAGAAAAAAGACAAGCAAUGAGUAUAAGCAAUACACUGGGUACAAUUGGUACAGGAAUUGGAGAGGUUGUAGGAGGUCCUGUAGGUGCAGUUAUUGGAGGAAUGGCUGGUUCUGUUGUCGGAGAUAUCUUAUGUUUUUUGUUUUGCCAAGAUGAAGGUCCUCCUCCAAAUCAUCCACCAUCGAUCGAUUGUACCAGUUUUAAAAUUGACGCCAUUGUGACUGCACCACCAGGGGAUAUCACCAAAGUGAUAACAUUUGGACCAUUCAAAGGAAAUGAUCCUGAGGAUGGUCAAACAAUCGUAGAAAGUAAUCCUCCAAGUCCAGCUACCUUACAUAGAGGAAAGAACCAAAUAUGGUUUCAUACAUCAGACAAAGAAGGUUACCAGACAUCAUGUACAAAGAAUAUUAAUGUAGAAGUGAUAACAUGUCAGCAGCCAUCACGGCCUGAGAAUGGCUACGUGACAUGUAAAAAUGCUGAAGUAUUGAUGGGAACAACAUGCACAUUCACAUGUCAAAAGGGGUACCAACUUAACGGACAACCCAAAAUAAAAUGUAUUGCAGAGAAAAAGUUCGAUCACCCAGCACCAACAUGUUCAGAUAAAACACCCCCAGAAAUUAUUAAAUGUCCACCCACUAUAACUACAUUUGCUGAUAUUGGAAGUAGCAAGGCGAGAGUAUCAUGGAUAACACCAUCAGCUAAAGAUAAUUCAGGAGUGGUACCUACCGUGACACAAACAAAAGGGCCAUUGUCCGGACAGAUGUUUGAAAAUAUAACGGAAGUAGCCUAUGUCGCAGAGGAUGCUAACAGUAAUACAUCUCCUCUAUGUACAUUUUUUGUUAUUGUACAGAUACAGUUUUGUGGUACUCCAGUUUUUAAUGGGGAUCUCUAUCUUCAGUACACGUGCAAAAAUAAAUUUCAGUAUGGAUCCGAAUGUGAUAUAAAAUGCAAAGGGAGUUAUCCUUUAGUUGGAAAUGCGAAGAUGACUUGUAGAAAGAAUGUGACAUCUGGUGAACUUUACUGGGAUUGGGGAAACCGAGAGAAACCGUAUUGUAAAAAAAAUAAAUGUCCAGUACUCCAGCCACCAAAAAAUGGAGCUUUAACGUGUGAUAAGUGGAUGUAUGGUACACAGUGUGCUAUGCAGUGUAACGAUAGAUAUGAUAUACCACUUGGUGUAGGGGGAAUAGCUACGUUUACAGGAUUAUUUACCUGCUCUACCGUGGCUGGGAAAUGGAGCCCAUUACUGACAGUUCCCGGAUGUACUUCACGAAGAAUUGGUAGACACCAUCGGAUACCUGGUGAACUGGUUUAUAAAGGAGAUUGUAACGAUAAAGCAACACAAGAUCAGAUUAAACAAAACUUUGUCAAUCUCAUGCAAAAGCUGCAAUCUGAUCCUGGUUUUAUAGGUGUUUGCCCGAACAAGAUAACAUGCAAUGUCGAAAACGUAGAGGUGACAUGUGGGACAACUAGAAAACGAAGACGAGCUAGAAGAGCAGCGAGUGAUGAAAUUUUUCUGACUUUUGCGUUCAUUAGAAAAUAUGAACCAUUUGGUAACGGUACAGUCAGUGCAAUGAAAAAUGCAAACGAAAAAUUUCAACUGGUCAUUAAUAUAACAAGGAAUAUGAUGAAUCAAGGCGUGAUGGAUGUACCAAAUGCUCAAAUAGAUAGGACAUCCUAUCAGUUCGGCGAUGUAGACAUUGAUUGUGACCCAGGAAGGUUUCCUAAAUAUUCUACACUUACAUGUGCCGCAUGUGCUGGAGGAUCCUAUCUCGAUCCAGACGUAGGGGCGUGUCAUAAGUGUCCAAGAGGGUUCUACAAAAGUGACAUUGAAACCGUUAAUUGUACAGCCUGUCCUCGUGGUAUGUCCACAGAAGAUGAAGGCACAGAGAUGGAGACAGAAUGCAAAGACAUAUGUCCGCCUGGUUUCAGUUCUGCUAAUGGACUCGAACCAUGCACACCAUGUCCAGUAGGUUUUUAUUCAUCUACAAAAAUGUCAACAAGUUGUGACAGCUGCGAUGAACACCAACUGACGAAAAGUUCAGGCAGCUCGCAUGCAUCGGAUUGCAUUGAUUACGAUUUGCUACUCGAAGAUGUUGAUGUGUCUCUUAGUCUUAAAGGAAACAUUAUGACCAUGCAGACGUUAUCCGUGUCGCUGUGGUGUAAACUUAUACAUGAUCAUAGCAGAUUGGAAAUUGACAUAGGCGGAAAUGGUGGAUUGCAUUUGACCAUAGAGUCCAAAGUUUGCCUGACAUAUGCAGGACAAACCGUGUCAACUGGUGUUAGCAUAGAACAAGAGACAUGGGUACACGUGGCUGUAGUAAUUGACUCUGCUGGGAACAUACUUCUGUAUAAAGGUGGAAGUAACAAGCUUACCAGACAUGUAUCACCAAUACAAAUAACUAAGCCAGCAAUUCAUAUCAAAAGCAGGGCAGAUAUACUGGUAUCAAGUUUAACUGUCAUUGAAAAGGCUUUAACGUUGAAUGAAGUAAAGCAGCUAUCACAAUCUUGUUCCACCACUGCAACAAAUAGUCUUCUAACAAGUAAUGAUUUAUGGAAAAAAGAUUCGAAGGCAUUUCAGAUGAUUAUUCCAAGUGUCUGCGACGCUGUCGACGAAUGUGCAGCCAAUCCUUGUCAUGGUCAUAUAUGCCAAAACAAGAUAAACGGAUAUAAGUGUAUGUGUUCUGGUGGUUAUACAGGACAAACAUGUCAACUUCAACCAGAUUUCUGUAAAGGACACGAAUGUGAAAAUGGGGCAACAUGUAGAAAUGGUGCUUCAAACUACACUUGUGUUUGUCCGUCACGAUUCAACGGAACGUUUUGUGAGAUAGCACCAGUAAAUGGAGGUUGGACUGAUUGGAGUGAAUGGUUACCCUGUUCCACGUCUUGUGGAGGCGGAGAUCAGAACAGAUAUCGGUACUGUUCGAAUCCAGUUCCAGGGCUUGGUGGUCAUAUAUGUGUUGGAAAAUCUAUAGAAAAGAAAGUUUGUAAUACAAUGACUUGUCCAAAAUGUCCAAAUAAACCAUCGGCCUAUGGUGUUCAUAUGACAUGUAAUACCAGUGGUGAUACGACUACAUGUUCAGCUACUUGUAGACCAGGACUUGCAUUUGUACCUGGCAGAACAACACUGAAACAAUACAAAUGUGGACAAUCAACUAAUUAUAUUUGGAAUGGACAACCUCCAUCUUGCUCAAAAUUACAUGGACCAAGUACAAUAGUAACUCAUUCAGCAAUGACAUACACAAACUUUCCAUGCCACAAGGUUGAAGAUGCUAAGACAGAAAUAUUGAAGAAUGCAAAAUCGGGACUUCAGUGUGGCAUUAAUAAAACAUGUGAAAUAAACGUUGAAAUCAAUGGGUGCAACUCAAAACGUAAACGUAGUACAGGAGUGGAUGCAGUAAUUACUCUAACAAUACCAUUAGACAAUGGAGACAACUUAGAUUUGGAGAGCUAUACCUCUACAAAGAAACUUAGUCCAGCCCUCCUAAAUCUAGUAAAGGCCAUAGCGGAAUUGGAAAAAUCUGCACAGGAAAUUAACAAGACUGGCAAGGUUUUUGAACUCUCUGGUGUAAAAGUACAGUUUGAUAAAGUAAAGGUUCAAACUUCAAGCGAGGUCGUUUGUUUACCAGGCAGAAUACGAAUUGAAGCAUUUUGCAUUGAGUGUCCGACAGGAACUUUCUACAACAAACAAUUGAAAUGUGAGCCCUGUCACUUAGGAAUGUACCAAGAUCUUACAGGUCAAACAGUUUGUAAACCGUGCCCAGAUGGAUAUACAACAAAUAUAGUAGGGGCUCAACAGGAUGAUCUUUGUACAGUUGCUAAACCAGUUGACAGCAAGGAAGAUUCAUCAGAAGCUUCUGAAUCCUCAAAGCUGAUAAUUAUAACAAGUUCUGUAGUUGCAUCAGUUGUGAUUAUAAUAGGAAUAAUUGGAGCAUUACUUCUACGACAGAAAUUAAGGAUGAAAUACAGGAAAAAAGACAUGGGCAGUAAUAUGAGCUUCAAUAUGGUAAAACCUUCAAAGAAUUUGCCAGGAAAAUCCACACAACUAUUUAUUAGAACUAGACAUUGAGUUUAUCAUGUAAUAGUAGGAAAUACAUUGAAUGAAUAGGAAUUAUAUGUUUCAUUGUUAUUGAAAAAUUACAAACGUAGAUAGUUUGUUAUGUUUGAUUUAGUUUGGUUUU